AUGUCAGAGAGACAUAAAUCCUGGUUCCAGAGAUUCCUAGUGGGAGGCACGGAGGCCUCCUCCCCCACUCCUGCUGGCCCCGCUGGGCAGCCUCACUUACACUGCCCUUAUGGUGGUGGCCGCUCACAGGACCAAGUUAUGGCAGCCAUAUUUCAAGUGGCAACCAGGGAGGAAACAAGAUUUGGAAUCAUGGCAAUAGCGGCUUCAGCAGCAAGGGGCACUGUGGCGCUGCGUGUGAGGAUUGGCCAGCUGGUGGCUUUUGUCAGAAAAAUUCCCUGGACUGCGGCCUCCAGUGAGCUGAGAGAACACUUUGCACAGUUUGGCAAUGUACGAAAGUGCACUGUACCUUUUGACAAAGAGACAGGAUUUCAUAGAGGUAUGGGUUGGGUUCAUUUUUCUUCAGAAGAAGACCUUCAGAAUGCACUACAACAAGAAAAGCAUAUUAUUGAUGGAGUAAAGCUCCACAUUCAAGCUGGGCGACCAAAAGUUUUGCAAGGGGGUCAAACAUCUGAUGAAGAGAAAGAUUUUUGAGACUAU